CCGGGGCGGGCCGAGGGGCCGCAGGUGCGGCAGAGUCGGAGCGGCGGCGGCGGCAGGGGCGGCCUCGGGAGCGAGCUCCGGUGUGAAAGUGAUCCGCUGUCAGUGACCCCCGGCGGGACAGAGCGGCCCCGGACCCCCAGGACAUCAUGGCAGCCCAUCAGGAGAAAAAACUUGCUGAAGAAAGAAAACACCAAAACAUGCAAAAUGGUAGUAAACCAUCUCAAGGCCAGUGGGGAAGAGCAUGGGAGGUGGACUGGUUUUCCUUGGCGAGCAUCCUUUUCCUGCUCAUGUUCGCACCCCUGAUUGUGUAUUACUUCAUCAUGUCGUGUGCCCAGUACCAGUGCUCCCUGACUGACCCCCUCCUGGACCUGCUGACGGGGAAGAAACAUCUGUCUGACAUCUGGGACAGGACUCCCAUGCUGACCGCUCAGGCUGCUGCCAUCUAUUCCCUCUGGGUGGCUUUCCAGGUGUUUUUGUACAUGGCCAUUCCUGAUUUCUGCCAUAAAUUUCUCCCUGGCUAUGUGGGAGGGGUACAAGAAGGUGCUAUCACCCCUGCUGGUGUUGUGAAUAAAUAUGAAAUCAAUGGACUUCAGGCCUGGAUCAUUACCCAUGUGCUUUGGUUUGCAAAUGCUUCUUUCUUCCACUUCUUCUCACCUACCAUCAUUUUUGACAACUGGAUUCCUCUCCUGUGGUGUGCCAAUAUCUUGGGAUACGCAGUGUCCACGUUUGCAAUGAUUAAAGGCUACCUUUUCCCUACCAACGCCAAAGACUGCAAAUUCACUGGAAACUUCUUCUAUGACUACAUGAUGGGGAUUGAGUUUAACCCUCGGAUAGGGAAGUGGUUUGAUUUCAAGCUGUUCUUCAAUGGGCGCCCUGGGAUUGUGGCCUGGACUCUGAUCAACCUUUCCUUUGCUGCCAAACAACGGGAGCUGUACGGUGAAGUGACAAACUCCAUGAUCCUUGUCAAUGUCCUCCAGGGUAUUUAUGUUGUGGACUUCUUUUGGAAUGAAGCCUGGUACCUGAAAACCAUUGACAUCUGCCACGAUCAUUUCGGAUGGUAUUUGGGCUGGGGAGACUGUGUUUGGUUGCCUUACCUCUAUACCUUGCAGGGUCUGUAUCUGGUUUACCAUCCUGUCCAGCUGUGCACAGCUCACGCCCUGGGGGUCUUGCUGCUGGGCUUGCUGGGUUAUUACAUCUUCAGAGCCACCAACCACCAGAAGGAUCUGUUCCGUCGCACCGACGGCAACUGCCGGAUCUGGGGGAAGAAGCCGCGGUACAUCGAGUGCUCCUACACGUCUGUGGACGGCGCCAAGUACUACAGCAAGCUGCUCACCUCGGGCUUCUGGGGCUGGGCGCGCCACUUCAACUACACGGGAGACCUGAUGGGCUCGCUGGCCUACUGCCUGGCCUGCGGCUUCCAGCACAUCCUGCCCUACUUCUACAUCAUCUACAUGGCCAUCCUGCUGACGCACCGCUGCGGCAGGGACGAGCACCGCUGCGGCAGCAAGUACGGCAAGGACUGGCGGCGCUACACGGCCGCCGUGCCCUACCGCCUCCUGCCCGGCGUGUUCUGAGGCUAACAGGCAAAGGGACAAGGAGAAACGUGCUGGUGUGCCGUGUCUAAAGUCACUGAAGUGAGGCACUGAACUGCCCCGUUUUUAGAAGGUUUUUUUAAUUGGAAUACCCCUCUGAAUCUCCCCAUUUCCAAAUGAACUUGGAGCUUAAGAAAAGAUGCGUGUGUUGAGACUCCUGAGAAAUCCCAAAGCUGGGAGGUGGCCUUACCCUUGAUAGCAGCAGGGUUCUGGGAGCAGUUUGCAGUGCUUCAGGAGAGAAGAAAAACAGUUCUGUCAUCUCUUUAGGAAGGAAGUUUUCUGAUGCAGUUGCUUGUGACCAUCAGAACCUACAAUUGUGAGCAACACCAAUGGAGGUUUGAUUGUUGGUUGCUUGUCAAGAGAUGAACAGUGGAGAUACUGAACUGCAGAAUCUGGCCUGAAAUAACUGUUAUAAUCAAAAACAAAAGUGAAAAUUGUUACAAAUUAGUGCAAUUUUCAGCACCUGACAAUAGGGAAUGUGACCAACUGAGUAUUAUUUUGAUACUGAAACCAGACUUUGUGAAGCUACCGAGCUGUGCUGCUUGCACUGGGGUAGAGUUAAUUUUUUUCAUAGUAGCUGCUGUGGGCCUAGUUUUGGAUUUGAGCUGAGACAGUGUUGAUAACACAGGGAUGUUUCCACUAUUGCUGAGCAGUGUUUACACAGCAUCAAGGCCUCCUCUGCAUCUCCUCCCAUCCUCCAGGGGCACAAGGAGCUGGGAGGGCACAGGGGCAGGACAGCAGACCCCAAGUGACCCAAGGAAUAUCCAGGCCAUGCGGCAUCGUGCUCAGCACAUAAAGCUGGAGGAAGAACCAAGUGGGGGAUGUCAGGAGAUGGUUUUUGUCAUUCCAAGUCACCAUUAUGUGUGAUAGAGCCCUGCAUUCCUGGAGAUGGCUGAGCAUCUGCCUGCAGGUGGCACAUGGGGAGUACAGAUCCCUUCUUUUGCUUUGCUUGUGUGCAGUUUUUCCUUUACCUAUUAAACUGUGUUUAUCUCAACCCAUGAGUUUUCUCCCUUUCCUGAUCCCGCCCCCAUCCCACGGUGGGGCAGUGAGCAGGCAGCUGUGUGGGGCUGGGUUGGCAGCUGGGGUUCAGCCAUGGCAGUCCUCUGUGGUGCCUCUCAAAGGGUUUGAGAUAACAGCAGCCUUGGCUGGAAUGUGCUGGGUUGGAUUUAGAGCUGUGGGUGCUGUUGAGCUGUCAGGCUCCUGUGCUUGCUCCUUAGGGAUUCCCUUUGGAUUUUGCUGCUGGCUGUAGGGCUUCUCCUCUCCCUGUGCAGUGCGUGGGGACACGGGUGACAGCCCUGGUGGCACAGCUGGGCUGGCAGGGGCCCGGGCAGCGCUGCUGUUUCAGCGCUGCUGAAUCCAGCGUGAGCUCGAGUGGAGGGAGCUGUGAGCCCUGGAGGAGCCCACAUGGGAACAGGACAGCCCCAGGCAGCAGGGGCUGGCAGUGAGCCCCUGGCAGGGCAGGAACCUCUCAGAGCAGCUGUGCCCGUGCUUAUGCCCGUGCCCAGGAAGGGAUUGUGGCCCAAGGAUAACCCUGAAGCCUCUGUGGCUGUGGAUAAGGCAGUGCUCAGCAGGUACCCUUGAAACAUCAGUGCCUGUGCGUGGGGAUGUGCUGGAGCACCUCGGAGCAUGGCCAGGAUAAACCCCUGGCAGAGCAGUUACAGCCUUGGAGGGACGGCAGCUGUGGGUAAGGCCACAUCCCCUUCUUUAGUGUGGGUGGAAAACUUCAUUCCCUGGAUUUUGUACAAAAUCAUGUCUGUAAAAAUUAAAGGUUCUAAAUUCUUAGGUCAAGGACAAAUAAAAUACUGCUAAUUUUCCUUCA